AAACUAUUUUGGCAUGAAGAUGGAGUGAGAGAAUUGUAGCCAGUUUGCAAGUUGUAGGAAAUUAAUGGGCAGCUCUUCUAUUUAUGAGUUGAAAAUCAAUAGAAUUGGGUUGCUGUUGCAGUACUGUUUUCUAUGGCUAAUGUUUGUUGUUCCAUUGAAAUGGAGCCUAGAACUUUGAAUCAAGGCCAACUCAACCAUGCUAGGGAAAUGGCUGCAGAUGUAGCUCAGAAGAUGGACCCAAAGGAAGCUUCAGCCAGUUUCAUUGAGGGAAUUGGAUUGAUGACUUCAGGUGGUGAAAUAAAGGAAGUGGUGACUGAGCUGACACUGACAGAUGAUGAAGAAAAAGAAGUUGGAGCUCAAAACAUUGUGGAAAGACCUUGUCAAUGUUCAUGCAAAAUUAACAACAUUGAAUCUCCAGAUCCCGACUUUAGUGUUAAGGAAGGAGCCUGUUAAUGCUCCUUUUUUUUUUUUUUUAAUCUCUAUUCCCUUUGUAAAUAUACUACUAUUGUUUCUCAUUCUGGGGUUAAUUAGUAAUAAAACAAUACAGGUCUCAGGCCUGUUAUAUUUGGACUCUUAA